AGUACAUUGUAAGCUAAACAACAAUCAAUAGGGUAAAGUUUCAUCCUUUUCAUAAGGGAACAGCUUCAUUUCAAAAGGACUUGCCGGAUUUACGUUCGGACUCCCGGACAUUUUCCCAACAAAGUUAUUGCAAGAUACCGAGAGUAAGCUCCAAACGAUUGGCCUUCCUCCUCACCAAUGACCCAUAGACGGUUUCUCAAAUGAUUAGUAGUCUGAUGCUCAAUAACCAGCACUAUGAGUCUAAGGAGAAAGCCUCAUCGAGGUGGGAGUCAAGAUCGCAGUAGGAAGGGUACCCCUUCACCGUCACCUUCCCCUUCCAAGGGAACCGUGAACUCAGUACAGGCACUGCACUGCCCGCCGCAAGGGACAGAAUCUGAGCGGAAAGUCAAGCUAGCCACAAUUCACAAGGCUUUAACUGCUGACCCAGUGGAUGUCGCAGCCCUACGCAAACUAGCCAUCAGUAAAGGAGGUCUACUGACAGACGAUGUCCGAAGGAAAGCCUGGCCUAAACUCCUCAAUGUCAACCUGUUUGAUGUACCUUACAAAAAAGGAGUAAAUUUAGAAGCGCACAGAGACUAUCAUCAAGUUGUGUUGGAUGUCAACAGAUCACUGAAACGGUUUCCAAAAGGUAUGCGCGAUGAUCAACGUGAAAAACUACAGGGUCAACUUGUUGACGUCAUUGUCAGGGUACUCAUUAAGAAUGAUCAGCUUCAUUAUUAUCAGGGAUACCACGAUAUAUGCGUAACCUUCCUCCUGGUGGUCGGUAAAGAAGCUUCAAUUGCUCUGGUAGAUAAAUUAUCAACUCAUCAUUUAAGGGAUUUCAUGGAUGCCAACAUGGACAGGACCAGGCACAUGUUAAACUAUCUCUUGCCAAUCAUCAAAAAAGCCAACCCAGAACUCCAUGAUUUCAUGCAAGCGUCAGAGGUCGGCACAGUAUUUGCGCUAGCCUGGCUGAUCACUUGGUAUGGGCAUGUCCUGAAUGAUUUCCGCAGUGUCGUCAGGCUGUAUGAUUUCUUCCUAGCCUGUCAUCCAUUAAUGCCAGUCUAUCUAGCUGCUGCAAUAGUACUUCACCGCCAGGAAGAGGUACUAGCCUGCGAGUGUGAUAUGGCCUAUGUCCACAGUCUCUUGUCUAAAAUCCCCAGCGAUCUACCCAUGGAACAUCUAGUGAGUCAGGCGGGGGAUCUAUUUGUGCAAUACCCACCCAAGGAGAUGGCCAGGGAGGCUAGACUACAGUACAAACUAAGUACGAGUAUGUCUAAACACAAUGACUUUGAGUUGGAGACGCUGUAUCAGAGACCGGACAAGGUUCUUCAAAAGAUGACGUCCCGGUUGAACGGAGCUGCGACGUCAUCCAGUCCGGAGCAUCAAAGCCGAGGUAGUGUUGCUCUAAAAGUAACGGUAUGGGCACUAUCGGCUGGCAUAGGUGCAGUUGCGUUAGCUAUACUCAACACAGCCGGGGAAUACUGGUGAUACAAAAUUUCACUUUGGUCCUGCUGGAGCGUUAAAAUGCUUUUGGUGCCCAGAGAAACUUUGUGUUUUUAAAAUGGUAGACACAAUUUUCAUUUUCAUAACUAUUUAUGUACAACCUUGUCCUGUAGGAGUUAUUAAAAGCUUAAAGGCAGUGGACACUAUUGGUAAAUACUCAAAAUAAUUAUUAGCAUACAAACCUUACUUUGU